CAGGUACACUUUUCGACAAGACGUGAUUCGAAUUUCCUUUCACGAAACAUCCACUCACAAAAUGUUGGCUGAAGAGAGCAUUGUUGAACACCCUGUUGAAGUCAAAGUAGAGGAACCCACUAACGAAGAGGUCGAUCCUAUUUUACAUGAGAGACAAGAGUGGAUCAAACACAUGCGUUUGAAAUUCUGCAUUCGCCCCGAGUUCGAAAUCACAAAAACUAUGAUCCAUGAGGAUGGUACUUUGAACCAAGACUACUUUCGACCACCUAAGGGAGCAAAGCCUGAAGAAGCUCGCAAAUGGACAGAUAAUGAUAAAACUUUACUUAUUCAAGGCAUAGAGAAAUACGGCAUAGGCCAUUUCACUGAGAUAUCAAGAGAGCUUCUGCCGAAAUGGUCUGGAAAUGAUUUGCGCCUUAAAACCAUUCGUUUAAUUGGACGACAAAAUUUGCAACUUUAUAAAGGCUGGAAAGGAAAUGCUGAUGAUAUUAGCCGGCAAUUUGAGAAAAACAAAGAAGUCGGUUUGAAAUAUGGAACGUGGAAGCAAGGCUGCUUGGUAUAUGACGACGAUGGCUUAGUGGAGCAAGAACUUUUGGCAAUGAAAAGGUCUGAUACAGCAACAUCAGCUGAUAACGAGGACAGUGAGGUAGCGGUAGAUGACGACGUGGAAAUGGAGGAUGCCAUCCGGUGAAAAGGACAAAUGGCUGUUUUUUCUUGUACAAUCUCCCCACAAGCACUCGUGUUGUACAUAGUUAUAGUGAAUCUUGAUCAAUGAAAUAUUCCUGUUACAAUCUUACACAUCACUUGUGCAUUACCAAAUGAAAUAAUUUCCGUUCUGUAAAUGGUGCAGUG